AGCAAAUUAAAGAAACCCAAAAUACCGAUACACCUCUUGGAAAACACAUUUUAUUUUAUUUUUUUUGGUUGGUUGUGACAAAAAAAUAUAUACCGAAUACCGAUACAUUUUGCUUACUUAAAUUCGAAAAAAUGGCAAGCUCAAUUAUGAUUGGCUACAAAUCUUCUGGUCUUUACAUGAAGCCGCCAUAUCCAAGUUCGAACUCCAUUUCAAGAUUGUCUAGUUCAUUAAUGUGGAAAAGUGAUCAAAUGGGUUUUUUGAGAAAGAAAAUGCAAAGCCAUUGCAAAAUCAAGAGGGAUUCUUUUGCUGUAUAUGCUAACAAUGUGCCAGGAGCUCCAUUGCCUUCAGGGCCACCACCUAAUUCUCACCCAAAAAGUUGGAUUAUUGGACUUGUUCUAUCACUUGUGCUACCUUUUUUCACCCACAAAUGGGGUCCAUUAUGGGUAGUCAAAAGUAGGAUCGAUAGCGCGGUUCAAACGGUGGAGGACAUAGUCGAGGCCGUGGAAAAAGUAGCCGAGAAGGUCGAUGAGAUUGCAGAAGAUAUAGCCGACGAACUUCCAGAUGGAAAAUUAAAAGAUUUUGUGGAAUUAAUUGAAAAUGUGGCUGAAAAAACAGCUAAAACAGCUGAUUGCAUAGAUAAUGUCAUUGAUAAGGCUCAGGAAGCUGAAGAUGGGGUAGAGGAGAUGAUAGCUGAAUCUCUAGCCAAAAAGCCCAAAAGUUCGGCAAAGCAAUAACGAAAGUUAAAGUAGUCGUGACAAAUUAAUUAACACAGUACUGUACAUAAUCAUUUUUUAUUUUUAUUUUUUUUCACUUCAUUCUUUUAGGAAAAUUGUGUAUUGGAUUAAGUUAGUUCACAAUAAUUGUUUGGCGUUUUAACUUGUAUAUUGGUUGCUUCUUGACAGAAAUAAAUUGAUUAGAUGAAAAUUAAUAGUAUAU